AUGAGUGAGGUCGUGAAUGCUGCGGCUCAUUAUCCCUCUCCGGAGGGUAGUGAGCAUUCCUGGGCUGUGGCAGGGCCGGAUGAAGACCUCAACUUCGGGCCACUGAUGGCACAGCAAGAUUCGGAGGGUCAGGACGAUUGGCACUCAAUGAAUGCUCGUUUGGUUGCCAUGCGGACACUGCAGUAUAAGUAUCCUUGGGAGCAUUCGUCUAGGAGCACCUUCGAGGCCAGGCGUUUGCUUGCAGCUCGUUUUGCCAAGACGGAUGAUCAGAUGUUGCUCGCUGCCUUCAAGAAGGUAAGGUCGAUAGUACUUUUUCAUCCGGAGGAUUCUGCGCUAGGCAGGUCCCUUGUGGCCAUGGCGGGGCUCUUCGUAGAGGAGGCCGUGCUUUCUAGGUCGAUCGAGGAUGCCUUUGCAGGCAAGGCGCCAGGGACUCUGCUCAAGCGUGCAUCAGACUUCUCGCGCUUUGCUGUGUGGGCGGUUCGCAACAGGAUCCGGCCUCUUGCCCCUUCGGAGCCGCAGGUUUAUGAGUAUGUGUCUUUUCUUAGGCAUUCUGGUGCUAGCGCGACCUCUGCAGAUUCCUUCAUUAAGGCGAUGAAGUUUUUCAUGCAUCACACAGGUGCUUAUCUGAAGUCUCCGGUUUCUGCAAGAGUUUCUGGGGUGGCUUCUUCAAUGGAGCUCAAGAAGCGGCCAUUGUGGCAAGCGCCGCCCCUUCCUGUGACGCAUGUUCGUGCCUUGGAGGAGUUUGUGGUCGACACAGAGGACCAUGCUCGGGCCACCAUUGCGGGGUUUUUGCUGUUUUGCAUUUACUCUUCCUCGCGGUUCUCGGAUGCUGCCAGAGCGAGUGGAAUUUCGAUUGAUGAGUCUGGUGGUGCUGUGGUGAUACUUGAGACAGGGACCAUGCACUACAAGACCCGGGCCAAGGACCGGCAGAAUCGAAUGUUGCCACGAGGAUCUCUAACCACUCAUGCCUCAUGCCCGCGCUUGCGCCUUCGGCCUCGUGGCUCCAGCGACCUAUGUGACCUCGAGGCCUUCACCUCGCACAGCCUAAAGGCCACGGCAUUGAGUUGGAGUGCUAAGUCGGGGACCAUGACCUACGAAGAGAUGUUGACACAGGGUCAUCAUGUUCACCCCAAGCUUGGUAUGGCUCUGCUGUACAGCAGAGAUGCCAUGGCUGAGAUCAUGGUGAAGGUGGGCCGGAUCAUUCGAGCUAUCGUUAGCGGCGGGUUUUCGCCUGAUUUGCCGAGGGCACAGAGGGUUGCACUUGCCUUGCAGCGAGCUCCUGAAGACUUCGCCCACCUGCCGGAGACGCAGCCGGACCUCGUCGAGGGAGAGGAUGAGGCUCGUGAGUCAGAGUGUGAGGGCUCAGACAUUUCGGACUCUGAGCUGCUCAAAGGGCUGCAGGCGCUGAACUUGCCCCCUGCUCCCGAUGCGGUGCGGCCCCGCAUCGAGGCUACUUUUGCUGGCAAUGUUUUCACAUCCUCACAGGGGUGGUGCACUGUGAGGCUUCGCCAGGGAGAUUCAAGUGUGGGAGGUGUGUUACCUCUAACAUGCGUCCCAUGUCUCAGGGUGAAGCUCAGAUUCAUGUUUGCCAACAGUGCGCCGCUGCGGAUAGCGGUGCCUGAAUCUGAUAGGAAGCCGGUGUUAUUUAAAAAGGAGGCGGCCUUGCUCUCUGUGUUCGGGAGAUACAGCAUUGACUUUGGCGUCUGGAAUUGGCUGCUUUUUUCCGAUUGGGUGGAGACGGCUGGUCUUGCCGAUCAGACUUUCCAUUUGGAGAGGUGGGUUCAAAGAUCAUUGAAGUUUAGCAGCUGUGCUCGCUGCAUGAUUGACAGGCCAGGGCUAGCUUAUUGCGGGAUGGCCGGCUUGGAAUCGUCGGCGCACUUCAAGGACCGUGCGAGGAAGUACGGUCUGGGUGGUGACCUCAUCACCGAAUUUACCGAUGCCGGGAUUGAUACAUUCGGAAAAUUGGCCUUUAUUUGUGCCAUUCAACCGAAUUCAGGAGAGGAUGCCGCUCUCCUUGAGGCGAUUAAAGGGCUGACUGGCAAGGAUGUGCCGCCCAAAGACAUCCCAACAGUGCGUAGGCUCUGGUAUGAAUCGCACACUCACGCGAUGCUAGAUCUACAGCAGCAGGUGCAGAAAACCCCCGACAGCCAGCCGAGGGAGAUGCCAAUGGCCGAGCGUCUCACGAGGCUGAAGCGCCAACGGGAUGAGCUUAAGGGUUUGGUUCUGGAUGUUCGGACUGAGCCUGGCCACGCCUUGGUAGAUAAGGUGCAAUCCAUGUUGGACCAAGGCCUCAUCUCUCACAUUCCUCCCGAGAAGUGUGUUAGCAGGCAGGACGAGAUCAUGGGUGUUAAGAGUGAAAGCCGUCUCUCUUUGGGCAGUGAUGGCAACAUCAAGAUGACACACCAGGCGUCCGAUCUCAGGUGUGACACGUCUGGGGAGUUGAGGCUGCGCCAGUGCUUCCUCAGAAGGGCUCUUGCUUUUGAUCAGGUGGGCCUCGCCUCUUUUGUUCAGCUUGAAGAGUGGAGCAACAAGAUGUUUCAGGCCCUCCUCGAGUCCCCGCCUGCAGGUUACCGUUAUGUGACCAUUCAGCAGAUUUUGUCAGCUGAUGCCAAGCUGUGGCAGAUCAUGUCUCAGGAGUCUCGAGGUAACAUUGUGGUGGGGGUCGGCCUCGACCCCCCUCUGGAUUCUCUGCUUAAGAAGCUGUGCCUCGACCCGCUUGUCAUUGCAUGCAUGACGGAAGUGGCAAGGAAAAGGAAUCAGCCGCCGAAGAAAACCGGCAAGGGCAAGAAUGGGAAAGGCAAGCAAGGUGAAGGUUCCUCACCAGCCGGUGUCUCCUUGAAGGAGUUGCUGGCAAACCUCCCGGUGAACUGCAAGGCCAAGAAUGCCGAGGGACACUUCAUCUGCCCUUUCUACAAUAAGGGCAUCUGCAGGAUGAAGCGGGGGGGUCGCUGGCCCCUCUCGCAGUUUCCAGCCCUUCCGGCCAGCAAGCAGCGGCUCCCAGUGAGCCCACCGAGGUUCUUCAGCUUUUUGAUCUUUUGCCAAGGUGGGCUUGAGGAAGGCCUGCCACCUUUUUCCCAAGAGCAUGUGGAUUCGCAGAAUGCUUGCCUGCCUAAUGUUGUGGGGCCGGUGUCCUUCUGCGCGCGUGAGCAUGAGCACUCAACUUCAGCGGCCCAGGGUAGGUUUCCACUGCCAACCAAGGAGGCCCUCAGGUGUGACAGCAUUCAAGAGCCACUGGAACUUUUCAGCCAGCCUGCAUGCAACAGCUCUCCUGCCAUCGCUCAGGCCCCCCAGGUCGCGACAGAUGGAGAUGGUGAGAAGGCCCCGUGGCUCGUUGAGGUAUGUGCAGGGUCGGCCGUGCUUUCUGCAACUGCCUUGCGUGCGGGAUGGAAUGCGUUGCCCAUCGACCAGCCUUCAUGUCGCUUUCACGCACAUACGCCAUUGUUCAUCAUGGAUAUGCGUCAAUCUUCCAGCUCAGUGUUGCUGGCCUCCCUUGCCAGCCGUGCAAAUGUUGCUUGGUAUCACUUCGGACUUCCUUGUGGGACCUGUUCGAGGGCGAGGGAAAGGCCGCUGCCGAAUGCUCCUCUACCCCUGCAUGAUGCAGACAAUCUCUUUGGCAAGGCGGGCCUCCGGCCUGCCGAGCAAGAACAGGUGACCGCAGCCAACCAGGUGUACGAACAGGCCGUUGAGGUGCUUUUCUUGGCCUACUCUCGGGGUGCCCUUGUCACGAUUGAGAAUCCUCUGCGAAGUUGGCUGUGGCCAUUACUAGCCGUCUUGGUCAAGCGGAGAGGGCCAGCUUCUUUCCGCCAGUGGUACUUUUCAUUGCAGGACUAUGACUUUGACAGCUGCAUGUUCGGUUCAGGUCGUGCCAAAGCCACUCGAAUCAAGGGGCUUGGGCAUAGCUGGCAGUUCAAGACUAAGGAUGAGGCUGAGCUGGACAAUGGCGAGCGCAAGAGCUUAGAGCGCAGGCCCGGUUGGAGCAGGUGCCGCCUCAUCGUGAUUAUAAGUCAGGUUAGUUGCCCAGGCAAGCGUGGUGAUCCGAUUAGUUCUUCCUGCUCUGGCAAGCUUGGUGAUCCGGUUAGUUCUUCCUGCUCUGGCAAGCGCAGUGAUCCAGGUGGUCAGCCGUGCAACACCAAGCGUCUCGCAGGGGGGUCAUCGGAUUUAGUCGGUGUGUUUCAUACCAUGGAGCAGCACAUUCAGCUGGCGUCAGAGUUGGCUGCCCCUUCCGAGUGGGCUCACCAGGUGCCAGACGCAGUGCGGCGAAACAUCUUCCGUCUUUGCACUGAGGGGCCGCUUGCAGUGUCUAAGGCGCGUCUGCAGGCUUUGAACCACUUGAAUGCUCGUCUCAAAGAGCUCGAGCCUCAAGAGGCCGAGUUGCGUGGAGGUAUGCAUCCAGAUGUCGAGGAGGUCACUCGGGGCAAAGCCAUCUGUCUCUUCCGUGAGCUGCUCGAGGAGACAGGGUUCGGGGACAUGUCAGUUGUCGACUCUUUGAUCUCGGGUGUUGACCUUGGUGGAGUCGAGCCUCCGUGCGCGCUUUUUCCGGAGCGCCAUCGGCCAAUGCAAAUCCAUCCAGAUCAGCUGGAUGCUCAGGAGAUUGAAGCGGGGUACCUGCUUGGCCCCUUUUCUUCUGUCGAGGAGGUGUCGAAGUUCCUGGGCUGCCAGUGUUGGUCGCUUUCGCCGAGGUUCCUCUUGAGACAGGGCGAGGAUGGCAAAGUUCGUGUCAUCGAUGACUUUAGUGCUUCGGCCGUAAAUCAGAGCUUCGAGUCCCACUCGCAUUUGGUGCUGCAGGACACUGAUUUCACUGUGGGGCUCCUGCGCUUUCUUUCAAGGGUUCUGCUGAACAAGGUGGAGGUGGUUGUGCCUCUGUCCGAUGGGCAGGUUCUGCGUGGGGCGUGGUCCCGAGAGAUGCUGCAAUCCCCUCCAUUGCUAGCUAAGACCAUUGAUUUGAAGAAGGCUUACAAGCAGAUGGCUGUCAGGCCCUCUGCGUGGCGGCAUGCAGUUCUUGGCUACCCUGACAAGAAGGAUGGCUGGACAUUUGCGAUUUCCCGCAGCCUUCCCUUCGGUGCAACAUCCAGCGUCUAUGCCUUUAACAAGCUGGCCUUGGCUCUGCUACACAUCAUGGUGGUCAAGUUUCAUGCUAUUGCUACUGAUUUUUACGACGACUACACUGUCUUCGAGUUUCAGCCAGUCGUGACUUUGGGAGUUGUGCUCCAUCUUGAGGAGAUUUGGAAUGGCCGUAUCACGAUUGCAAACAAGCCGGGGCGCAUCAGCAAAAUCUGUACGAUGCUUGCUCCGAUCGCUGAGGGCAAGCCUGCUACGAGGUCUCACUUCAUGGGUUGCUUAAUUUUGCUGGUGUUUUCCAAGGCCCUUGCUAGGGGGCGCACCACAGGAGUGGAGCUGCGUGCGGCAGCACUUCUUGCGAUGGAUGUCUUGAAAGGAGCCAGACCGAGGACUUUGGUGGCCCGGCUGACUCCGCCGAUGGUCCUCUACACUGAUGGUGCCUACGAGAAUGAAGUGGCUACUUGGGGCGCCAUCCUCUUGGAUCCCCUUUCUGGCGCGAGAUGGAUGUUUCAUGGAACUGUUUGCAGAACGCUGUGCGACCACUGGAGAACGCAUGCUGGGGAGCAGAUAAUCUGCGAAGUGGAGGCCUUUGCAGUUGCACUUGUCCUCUACGGCUUGAGAGGAUCGCUGCGUGGACGUUGCAUCGUCUCUUUCAUUGAUAACGAUGCUGCUCGCUUUGGCUUCAUUCGACGUUCGUCUCCAUCGCAGUGCAUGUUUAACAUCAUUUGCAUUGUGACCGUACUUGAGGCCAUUCUCGAGACUUCGCUUUGGUACGAAAGAGUCCCCUCCAAGUCCAAUCCAUCGGACUUGCCGUCGAGGGGUGCCCUUGCGGAGGCCGUUGAGCGCUUUGCAGUCCUUGACAAGGGCGAUGUUGCAAUAUCCGAACAUGUUCUAUCAAUGCUUGUUUCAAAGAGCUAUGACCCUCGCUUGGCUAACGUUAUUGCCAAGGCGGUCAGGUGCGAAGCUGACAUGGUGUCAGAUCUUUACCAAUGA